AAUGAGGUGGCAAUGCAUUGGUUUGUUGAUUAAUGACGAGACAUUGCCAAACAAGUCACCCAAAUCCACAAAACCUAACCCACUCUUUGCUUACAGGCCCCAAUCAGUUAUGUCCUGACUCCACCAUCUCUAUCUCAUGAAUUUUAAAUUUUUGAAAAAAAAAAACAAAUGAAAAUAUUGGAACUCGAACAAACAUUUCUUGAAAUAUGGAACUGCUCCUCCUAUCUUUAAAAUAACUGCGGUCACAGGUUUGGGCAAUUCUAACCAAAAAAAAAACAGCAACAUGGAGUAUGUAGAAGCAUUCCUCAGUGAUUUCUCCGUCGAUGACCUUCUUGACUUGUCUAACACGGACGCUUUCGUACGAGAGAAGUCGUCUUCUUCACCAAGAGAAGAAGAACGUGAGAAAGCUAACAGCUCUUCCGACCAAAUCACCCUUCUUUCACCUCUCGAUGAUAUCUUAUCUCUUCCCGGCUCUGGCCCUAAGCUCAACGCUCCAGUUGGUGAUUUGGAAGACCUAGAGUGGCUAUCAAAUUUCGUGGAUGAUUCUUUUUCAGAUUAUCAUGACUUUCCAGUGAAUCCAGUUGCGUCGGUGGAGGUUCAAAGGCAGUACGUUCCGGUUAAACCCCGAAGCAAACGACGUCGUACUAAUGGCCAUCUAUGGUCUCUGGAGUCACCGUACUCCUCCUUGUACACCGCUGUCUCCACCGAGAAGAAGAAGAGAGGGAGACCGAAGGCAGAGACGUCGUCCGGGGACGGUGUCCAGCAGCAGACGAGGCGGUGCUGCAGCCAUUGUGGGGUCCAGAAAACGCCUCAAUGGAGGAUGGGUCCGUUAGGUGCGAAGACGCUGUGUAAUGCGUGUGGGGUCCGGUUUAAGUCGGGUCGGCUUUUACCCGAGUAUAGACCCGCUUGUAGCCCGACGUUUUCGACUGAGAUUCACUCUAACUCACACAGGAAAGUGUUGGAGCUGCGACUGACGAAAACGGCGGAUCAGGGUCAGGGUUGACCCGUUGUAACUGAGGUUUUUAAUUUAGUCUCAUGUCAACGAAUCAUAUGCAUGAUGUAAUGUUAUUAGAUAGACUACACCAGUAAGUUAUGAUAAUAUAAUCAGAGAGAUCGUAGGUUGUUCCAUAUUCA